AAGAGAUCCACCAACGAAGAAGACAAUCACCGCUAACACUACAGCAGAAGCCUGGAUACUAUGGAAAAGAAGUGGUAAACAUGGAUAAAAAGAAGAAACCCUUCGAUGUGACCGCUUCAUCGCUGGUAGAUCUUAAAGCUGAACUGUACAGAAAGCAGGAGCAGUUCAAGCAGGAUAAACUUGGGCAUGAAAAUGCUGGUGCUGCUGGAGUUGCAUCAAAAUCCAAAGUCAAGAAACGUAAUGUCUGGAGCAAACAAAAUGCUGGUGUUUCAGCAAGAGCUGAGAAAGAUGCAGAGCAGCUGGCUGAGGAGCAGGUCAACCUGGAUACAUCAAGACGCAAGUUGGAGGAGAAAGCCAAACUCUACGACCAGAUGACAAAAGGAGACUUUCCAGAUGAAGAGGCAGAGGGGCUGUUCCUGGUCGAUUUCACUCAGAAGAUCAUUGACAAGAAGAGAGAAACACUUGCACAAAAGGAAAGAGAACGAGAUGAUGAGGAAAGAGACAACCCGUCUCCUGUCCCUCCUCCUCAAACCCCAGAUGAAGAAUGGGUGGAUUAUGUGGACUCUUUAGGCCGAUCUCGCAGAUGCAUGAAGAAAGACCUGCCAGGUUUUCAGAAAAUGGACCUAGACCUUAAAGGAAAAGGGAAACCCUCAGCCGACUUACUCUCCGAGGACAUGCGUCGAGAGCUGCAGAGGCAGGAGUGGGAAAGGGAGGAAGAGGAGGCUAUGAAGAGGCCUGUUGGACCCAUCCACUAUGAGGAUAUCAGGGGACAAGAGGCUCGGGAUCUCGGUGUGGGUUACUUUGCGUUCGCUCAAGAUGAAGAGCAGCGCAGAAAGCAGAGAGAAACACUGGACAUGCUCAGAGACCAGACCACAGAUCAGCGCACUAAAAGAGAACAGCUGAAGGAAAAGAGGCAGGCCAUCCUGCAGGCCCGACUGGCCAAGGUGAGGCAGAGGAAGAUGAAGAAGGCCAAGCUUGAUGGCACUGAGGAGGAGCAGAAAGAGGAGGAGAACGAAGGGGAGGAGGACGAAAGUGAAUUAAUAGGACCCCCACCUCCACCAGAGGACUCCCCGGAGGUCAGCACACUGAAGAAGGUGGUAGUGGAGAUCCAGGAAAGGAAGGACACCAGACCAGGAGUUCCUCAUGUCAGAGAAUGGGACAGAGGCAAAGAGUUUAUGUUUAGUGAGUGGAAAACUCGGCUUCGUGAUGAGCGAGAUUCAGAAUUUGCACCUCCCUCUGCCUACUUUACUAAGGAGAAUAGUCAAAGGCCAGGGAAGACUAACUUUCAGAGUAAAUCUGAGAUGUCCUUCAAGUGGACUAAAGGCCCAGUAGGAAUCUCUGAGAGCAAAGAGGAGCCACAAUCUCAACCUAAGACUGCUCCUCCACCUCCCCAACCUCAACAAAAUCCUCCACCUCCUCCACCUCCUUCACAACCACAGGCCUCAUCGCAGUCAUCACCUUUAGAUCACCCAGCAGAUUCAGCGCCCGUGUCUGCUCCUCCUUUUAACCCCCAGUAUGCCCCUCCUCCAUUUUAUCCUCCAUUUCCUCCUCCUCAGUUUGCUGGACCACCUCACUUACGUCCUCCAUUUCCCCCACAGUACCCACCUCAGUAUCCUCCCCAGUACCCACCCCAGUAUCCUACCCAGUAUCCACCUCAGCAUCCACCUCAGCUGCAGAGCCAGUCUCAGCCUCAGCAGACCCCCCAGUCUGUAGACCCCAGCCAGGCCCAGCAGCCUGAACAGAGUCUGGACGACAUGCUGUCCUUCUACAGGAACAUUAGCUGAUCUCUAAAAUAUCACCUAAACUGUGUAUUUGGUUCAUUUGAAGAGUGUAAAUACGGAUGUUUUUUUUUUUUUUUUUUUUUUUUUGAGAAAAUUACAGAAACAACAGAACAGUUUUCUAAUUUAAUAAAUAUCGGGAAUUUAAUAUGACAUUGUUCUGACCUUUUUUUUCAUUGUGAAAAACACUGAAAGGUUCAGUGUGUAGGAUUGUAGGAUGUGUAGGGGGAUAUAUUGGCAGGAAUUGAAUAUACUAGUCAUAACUAUGUUUUAAUUUGUUCAUAAUCACCUCAAACUAAGAUGUGUUGUGUUUAUGUGACCUUAUACUGAGCUGUUUAUAUCUGCAUAUGGAGCGAGUCCUCCUCCACAGAGUACAUCAUGUUGUUUCUACCGCAUCCCAGAAUGGACAAACCAAACACAGGCUCAAGACAGGGCCAUGAGUGUUUUUGCAUCAGCCACCACAGCUGCAACCUCAGAUGCCAGUAAAUCCUACACAUUGGACCUUUAAUUUUAGUUUAAAAGUGUUAAAUCUUACAUUUAAAGCAUCCGCCUCAUGAAACAUUUGUGUAUUAGCGUGAGGGCAUUAAAUGAGGUGGUUAUACAUGUUUGGAUGUUGCACUGCAGUAUGAAAAUGUCCACCAGAUGGUACUGUAUACUUCCAUGUUGAGAAAAUAUCUGCCAGACCAGUGACCAGACUGGUUGUGUACUGCAGCAAUCUGUCUUGACUGUUGAAGACAUCAUGUUAGAGCUGCAGUUAAUUUCCUUAUAGAUUAUUCUGCUGAUUGUUUUCUCCAUUAAAUGAGUUAUUAUUUUGUCUGUAAAAUGUCAUAAAAUAGUAAGAAAUGUUCCUCACAGUUUUCCAGAGUCCAAGAUGAUGUCUUCAAAUGUUUGCAUUUGUCCAAACACCAGUCCAGAAGCAAAUGAUGUUCAGUUUUUAUCACAUUAGAUUAAGAAAUGCAUCAAAUCUUCACAACUGAGAAAGCUGGGAUGUUUGGCAUUUUUGCAGAAGAACUAAGUGAAACCAUUUAUUGACUGUCCAAAAACAUGCUUAUUAUUUUUC